CAUCAUGAGAGAGCUGGAUGUGCAGGAUGUGAUUCAUGCUGGAGAACAGCAGAUGCUGCAGACACCAGUGCAGAUGUGUUCAGUGAAGCUGCUGGACUGCAGGAACCUGAUGAAGAUGGAAGGAGAAAUCAAACUAGAGGAACAACAGAGUGAUGAUGAUGAUUUUAUUCCUUCAGAGCUGAUGGAUGUGAAAGAGGAACGUCAAGAGUUGAAUGAAGUGGAGGAGAAACAUCAUGAUUUCAGAACUGGAGAAAAAUCUUUGAGUUGCUCUCAUUGUGGAAAAUAUUUCAAAGAUAAAAGAAACCUUACAAAGCACACAAGGAUUCAUACUGGAGUGAAGCCUUACACAUGCCAUCAGUGUGGAAAGAGUUUCACACGUAAAGAACAUUUUACUGUGCACACAAGAAUUCACACUGGAGAGAAGCCUUACACGUGUCAACAGUGUGGAAAAGGUUUCAGGCGUAAAGAUCACCAUAAAAUGCACAUAGGAGUUCACACAAAAAAGUCUUACACGUGCCAACUGUGUGAAAAAGGUUUUGCAUGUAAAAGAAGUCUUAAUGUGCACACAAUAAUUCACACUGGAGAGAGGCCUUUCACAUGCUCUCAGUGUGGAAAAGGUUUCAAAGAUAAACGAGACCUUAAUAAGCACACAAGGAUUCAUACUGGAGAGAAGCCUUACACGUGUCAACAGUGUGGAAAAGAUUUCAGACGUAAAGAUCACCUUAAUCUGCACACAAGAGUUCACGCUAAGCUUUACAUGUGCCAACUGUGUGGAAAAGGUUUUGCAUGUAAGGGAAGUCUUGAUAUGCACACAAGAAUUCACACUGGAGAGAAGCCUUUCACAUGCUCUCAGUGUGGAAAAGGUUUUAUAGACAAAGGAAGUCUUAAUAAGCACACAAGGAUUCAUUCUGGGGAGAAGCCUUACACGUGUCAUCUGUGUGAAAAGAGUUUUGCACAUAAAAUAAGUCUUAAUAAGCACAGAAGAGUACACUCUGGAGUGAAGCCUUACACGUGCCAACUGUGUGAAAAGAGUUUCAUCGAUAAAGGAAGCCUUAACAAGCACACAAGGAUUCAUACUGGAGAAAAGCCUUAUAUGUGCCAAGAGUGUGGAAAAGGUUUCAAACGUAAAGAUCAUCUUAAUCUGCACACGAGAGUUCACACAAAGUCUCACACGUGCCAACUGUGUGAAAAAGUCUUUGCAUGUAAAGAAAGUCUUGAAGUGCACACAAAAAUUCACACUGGAGAGCGACCUUUUAUAUGCUCUCAGUGUGGAAAAGGAUUCAAACGUAGAGAACGCUAUGAUCUGCACACAAAAUUUCACACAAAGCCUCACACGUGCCAACAGUGUGGAAAAGAUUUUGUAUAUGCAGCUAGCCUCACACAUCAUCUCCUUUGUCACUCUGGAGAAAGGCCAUUUAAAUGUGAUAAAUGUGAUAAAACAUUUGUUGUAGAAUCAGUUCUAAAACAACAUCUGAAAUUGCACACAAAUAAAUGUUCUUUUUGUGGAAAGAGUUUUACACACCUGUCCUAUUUUAAACAGCAUCAGAAAAUACAUUACGGUGCCGGGAUGAAUAAGUGCUCUGAUUGUGGGAAGACCUACACAACAGCCACCCACUUGAAAGAACAUCAGCGAAUUCAUUCUGGAGAAAAACCUUUUAUGUGCUCGUACUGUGGAAAGACUUUCACUCGGUCAGAACAUCUGAAAAAACAUGAGAGGAUUCACACCGGAGAGAAACCAUACAAGUGCUCACACUGUGGAAAGAGUUUCACUCUGUCACAAAACAUGAAAGCUCACGAGAGAAUCCAUACUGGAGAAAAACCAUACCAUUGCUCUUCAUGUGGAAAAGGUUUCAACCGAUCAGGUCAUCUACAGCAACAUGUCAAACAUAAUUGCCCAACUAGUCACAGUGACCAAGAAUCAUCUUCAGGUCCAACGAUAUCAAGCAAAUAGUUUGAAAUUCAGAUAAACCCAAGGAUGGAAUUUCUCCCAAAAGGGCAGCAUCAUCUAAAGUCUCUGGUUUUUCUGAAUUUCGGGGUAAUCAGCCUUUCAACAAGUACUCUUUUGAUAUCAAGCAUAUACAAACAUGUUUGACACAUGCACACUAUGACUGCUUUAUAAUACUCUUUAGUGCAGUACAGUCAACGGCAGGCACAUUUCCUGAUGAGGUGUACAGACAAGGCCCAGAGUGGCUAUCUGAGUUACCGUAGCCUUCCUACAGGUCGAACCAGUCUGGCCAUUCCCUGUUGACCUCUCUCAUCAUCAAGACAUUUCCAUCCACAGAUCUGCCGCUCACAUGAUGUUUAUUGUUUUUGAGUAAAAAGGAGACUGUUGUGUAUGAAAAUACCAGGAGAUCAGCAGUUACAGAAAUACUCAAACCAACCUAUCUGGCACCAACAAUCAUGCCACGGUCGAAAUCACUGAGAUUACUUUUUUCCCCUAUUCUGAUGUGAGUAUUAACUGAAGCUCAUUACCCAGGCUGAUUAGAUAAUGGCAUGAAUAAGUAGGUUUACAAGUGUUCCUAAUAAAGUGCUACUUAAAUGUGCUUUUAAGUAGUUUUUUUUUUAUAGUUUUGAGAUGUUUGCAUGCAAGUUAUUUCAUUUUAAUGUUCAAUAUAACACCUGAGAACUUGCUUUGAGAGGUUGUUGGCACUUCGACAAAUAAAAGACCACCAUGGUUCCAAAUGCUUUAAUUUUAGAUUGCUUUUUACUAUCAACACAGUUUUGCAAUAAAUUUCAUGACCUUCCAUUCUUACUGUCUAAAAAGUAUAAUGUCAAACAUGAAUAGUAACUGCAGUUUAUUUUUAUCACUCUUUUUUGUGUUUUGUUAGAAAUGUAGCAUGACAGUCUCUAAGCAUGUUCCUAGUAUAGUUCUAGUUCUUACAUUUGGGUGUGCCAUUUAAGCAUGACAUCCUUAAAAAUGCCUUCAGCACUGUAAAAAUUAGUUGUUGUUUGUUUUUUAUCUUGCCUUUUCUCCCCAAUUUGGAAUGUCCAAUUCCCAAUGCGCUCUUAAGUCCUUGUGGUGGCGUAGUGACUCGCCUCAAUCUGGGUGGCGGAGGACGAAUCUCAGUUGCCUCUCCGUCUGAGAUCAUCAAUCUGCGCAUCUUAUCAUGUAGCCUGUUGAGCGCUUUACCACGGAGACGUAGCAUGUGUGGUGGCUUCACGCUAUUCUCCGCGGCAUCCACACACAACUCACCACACACCCCACCGAGAAUGAGAACCACAUUUUAGCGGCCACGAUGAGGUUACCCCAUGAGUCUACCCUCCCUAGCAACCAGGCCAAUUUGGUUGCUUAGGAGACCUGGCUGGAGUUUUGAACUCAUGACUCCAGGGGUGGUAGUUAAAAAAGGAGUUUGUGAGCCAGAUUAAAAAAUCAAGGCAACAUGAUGCAGUAUGAUUUUUUUAGUACUCAACAACUGUCCUCAAUCUGUAAAAUGUAACUAGUUGACCUUACUAAUGAGAUGCACCGGUGGCUGUCUAAACCUGAACCUCCGCCAGUGCCUUCAGUCUUCCAGCUAUGGGUUCAUCAGCAUGGAACCACCAUCUCAGAUAUUUCGCCCCAUUUAUCUUGCAAAAUCUCUUAGUUGUGGGGAGCAGUCAGGAAUGUCUCCCUGCCACCCCCCACAGCUGGACACCAGAUAAUUUCGAAUGCUUCUUAAUCUUGAAUUCCCAUCAAGACAUUCCUCCUUCAAAGGUCAUACCAUGCAGCCAGAGUUCGAUACCCCCAUGAGCAAUCCUACUCUACUUCCAAGACCUCUUUUCUGUUAGAAAAGACAAGCUAUCAGACUAUGCCUACCAUCCCUCCAAUGCCUACCCUUUAACCAAUUCCCCAACAGAUUAUGUAAGAUAGCAACGUGAGAGGCGAGACUGCGUCAACUGCCCUUCCAAUGCCUAGCUUGGCAUGGUUUCGCUCCUCUACUCAAUCCCUCUCCAGAAACCCUUGGAUAAGGACUGUGUGGAUCAGUGGAAAUAAUUCUUCCCCACCCCUUUCCCUCUCCCACAUAAUACCUCAUCAUGUUUUCUUUCUCACUUCUGCACACCCCACAUUUCAUCCUUUCUUAACCAUUACCAGAAAGUCCCUUUCUCAGCUUCCUCUGCCAUUUCCUUCAGACUUCUUCAAUGCUGAUCCAGUGAUACCAAUGUUUUUCAGUAGAGUGCCAUUAAUGUUCCCAUAAAUCUUUGACACCCGACCUCCACAGGGUAAGUUGCAAUUCUUGAUCCAUUUUCCCUGCACUCAGUGGAUAGAUCAGCUUUUUUUAGUUUCUUCCUUUCGUAGGCUGCCUCCAGCCCCUCUUCUCAUGGAACAGUAAGCUAUGACUUUUCUAGCUGAUGCGACCAUAACACCAAGUAUGGCCUCAAGGAGGUAUACUUGGCCAGCAGAAGAAUAUUUCAGCUGCUGGCCAAGGUUGACCACCAUUGAUCCAGGUGGCAGGAUUGAUCUUGCUUCCCUCUGCGCAGUGCCUUUUGUGUUGCCUGUUUUAACAAACUCAAUGAACUUCCUGUGAGAAGCAUGAUGGCUUUUAUUUGCCUUUACACACCUUUAGGAUCUCUGACAGCUUUUGCAGGACCUGAUCCUGUCGCCUUGCACUUAGCCAAAAUUUGCUGCAGAUUUGCUCUUGGGGCCUUACAGAGGGGACAUCUCUCCUCUUUGCCAUACCACAAAGACACAUUUCCAGGACUUGGAAGAGUAUGUACCCUCUUAUUAGAAAACUUAGUCUUGCCUGGGGUACUUUCAACAAGUCUGCUUAUCCUUAAACUCUAUCUGAUGUACCCUACCAUACUGUCCAGUGCCCUUGCUGUGGCUGGCUGACUGACUGUUUGAAUCAUAUACCCUUGCUCUUCCAUCCUAGAUACGUCUGUCACUACCGUUGCUUUACUCUGUUUUCUAGAGGCUGCUGACCACAGUUUGGGAGCCAUACCCCAUCCAAUGCCUGCUCUUCCUGAUUGGGUUCUUCAAACAAUCUUUUGUUGCUUGAGUCUUGAAACUGCCCUGUUUACAACCUGCUUGAACCUAGGCUUUAGACUGGUCUGUUGAUUCCCUUAGUUCUAAGAACAGCCUGGUCUUCUUCUGCUUGUACUCCAGAGUGAUGGACUUUAGUGGCAGUUUUAAGGCAUUUCUUUCAAACAAUGCCUUAAAACCACAAUGCAGCAAGCCCAGCCACUUCCUGAUGUAACUGUUGGGCUUUGCGUCCAUCCUUGCGGCUGCAGUGAUCUCACACAUUUUAAGUGGCCACAUCAGGCGAUGAUACAGUGUAAAUUGGUAAGACUAUAGCUGUGUCCCAAACAACACACUAUGCACUUACAAAGUAUACUAUGCAUUCAGCCAUGUAGUGUAUAGCACAUCUUAAACCACAUAAGAGAAAUUAUGACUGGACUCUAGGUUAGACAUAUGGCACAUUGGAUUCUACUCAGUACUACUUGGUGCACUUAAAUCUGCACUUUUGUAAAGUAGAAUGGAGUGGAGAAGACUGAGAGGCUCUAAGUUCACCAAGCCUAAACAAGCUUCCAGACGCACAGAUAAGAUACAUUUACUCAAAUGUUUCAGAGGCACAAGAGUGAAAGUAACUUACGAUUAAAAAGACUAUAGCAGUAUCUCCCAAAAGAGAACCACACUUUAUAGCGACCACAAGGAGGUUACCACAUGUGACUCUACCCUACCUAGCAAGUGGGCCAAUUUGGUUGCUUGGGAGACCCAGCUGGAGUCAUCUAGCACACCCAUGAUUCAAAUUCAUGACUCCAGGGGUGGUAGUCAGCAUCAAUACUCACUGAGCUACCCAGGCCCCCAAUGCACAUUUCUUGGAGUGAAGGAAAAAGAAGCCAAAUUGGGCUGAAUUGUAUCAUAUGGGACAAGUUGAAUAUAUAUUUUUUAUUUUAUUUUUGCAUUCAAAGUUUUCAGUUGUUUUAAUGUUCAAUAAAACAAUGAAUUAUGGUUUGGAUUAUUUGGACACUUUGAUAAAUAAAAGUCCACCUUGGGAACCAUGGUUUCAUAUGCUAUAAGUCUGGACUGCUUUGUCCUAUCAACAAACUUUUUUUCCUGGUAUAGUUCACAUGGUGUAGAACAUAACCAUAGUAAAUUUUUUGACCAUCCAUACUUACGAAAACAAAUUAUGAAAGUAUUUUUAAUGCUAAUGUUUUGUGUUUAGUGAGGAUUGUUGUAGCAUAAGAGUCUCUGAGUGGUAUCCAAAUAUAUUUUCUUACAUUUUGAAAUUUUUUAAUUUAUGAGCUCUUUUGGGUAUGCUAUUUUAACGGAAACCCAUCAAAAUACCUACAGGUUGUAAGGGGUUAAGUAAUGAGCAAAGAACCCUAUUUGAUUAUGAUGAUAAAUGUAUACUAUAGCAAUAUGUUUGUGCAU